AGAACAAGUAGGAAGUCGUGAUAAAAAAACAAGUUAUUGAGCCUCCGCUCCAGCUCCUUCAACAAAGAAAAAAAUAUUCGGAACAAGACCGGAAUGAUGACAGCCCUCGCAGAACGACCCAUGAAUGAGUCCUCCGAUCAAGAACCCGCAGUGGAGGUUGUUCCCAGGCCGGAUCACGAUUCAGCGGACAAAGUAGCAACCCCGAGUUGUACUAGAACUGCGCCAUCGCAACCAUCCUCCUCCACCGUAGGACCUGCUGCUCCUCCACCACCCCCUCCCGGCAAGAAAAAAAUCACGUCUUGGUUUGAUUUCCCGCCGUUUUUCACCCUGCAACCGAAUUUGCAGACGCAGCAAAGACAGUUAGAACUCUGGGCGGAGCGGAUCGUGGACUCUUGUUGGAGACAAGCAUCUCCACCUGCGGGGAUAUUAAAAUCGGCUAGCGUGUCCUCGAGUACGUCUUCUACAUGCGAAGUUUUGUUCGCAUCGGGAGGUGGUACUACUACUAGCAUGACCACCUUCACAACCGCGGGAGGUAGUCAGACAUCAAGUGGGCAACUACAGGGCGCAACUACAGAAAAACUUUUUCACAACCCCUCGAUCAACAGGAAAGUAGCGCCUGAACUUUUUGAAGCGAUUGCAGACUACAUGUGCGACGAUCGUGGUGGGCAAAGACGAAGCGACACAAGAACCGACACAAAUAGCGAGAGAGGCAAGCUGAGACCGUCCACUCCGCCCUCGUCGUACUCGCCAAAUGCAACUUGCAAAGCGGAGAGGAUUUUUGCCACAGUAUCACCAGAAAAUAAAGUCGCCUCAGCUCCUUCAUCUUCUUCCGCAGGAGGCAGGAGCAAGGAUCGAAGCGGUGGUCGCGUCGAACCAGGCCGCAAAACAUCUGCGCCAUCAAGUAGACAAACGAUCGGCCUCCGGGUGUAUCCGUUCCCAAACGGAAAGCGGGACUUUGCGGACAAGAUUUUUCUGUUUCUGAAGGACAAAAAGGCGCACAACUCUGUCGAAACGGUGGAAAAUUUGUUCGAAGAGAUGAGUACGGAGAGAAACUCUUUGCGGAUUUUCGGCGGGAAUCAUGACCAACCACUAGGAAAAGGCACGACAGACAACGGCACGACGGUUGUGCCAAGCCGUGGCUCUCUGAGGAUCAGUAAGCCGAUGCUUGUGUCCGGAUUGCGACUUCUGGAAAAGGAAGGGAAGGUGGAGCUGUUCUCUUUGGACGACCAGAUCGGAGGCGAGGAGGGAAUAACCACUGCCGAAAAUAGUGAUCCAGAUAACUACGAGAAGAUGCCAAGCGGGGUGAAGUUUUUCCUCAGUUGAUGAGGAGGCUGGUGGCUCGAGUUCGAUGAUGUUGCGAGGCCUGCAAGAAACUUGAUGCCGACAGAAAUAGGAACUACUGUGACUGCAGCACAUCUAGUGCGAUUUAUUGUUCACCACGGUUGUCCAGCACCAGUCUCUCGUGUAACGCAAUCGUACGAAAUAAACUGAAACAUGU